AUGGUUAAAAGUGGAAUCACACAGCAGCAUUCAAUUUUUAGUAUAACAUUACCCUUGAUUGAACAUGAGCGAUUUGAAUUGUUUCAAUUAAUUCCAGUCCCGAAUUGGUUAAAUGACUCCAUGGCAGUAAUUGACUCAUUCAGUUCUAUUUUGGCUAUUAAUACGCAUCAUGAUCAAUAUUUUCCUUUUAUGAAAUCCGAUUUAAGUCUUUGUGAGACCAUAAAGGAAGGGGAAUUUCUUUGUGCCAACGUCCGCAUACGAUACAAUUUUGGUUCCGAAGUACGUGCGUGUGAGAUCAACCUAUUCAACAACAAUACAAUACCAAACUGUCGGUUGAAACACACUAUCAACACUCUGACCUGGAUUCCAUUGAAUAACAAAAAUCAAUGGAUUUAUGCGACAUCAACAUCUUCACGAGCAACUGCAGUAUGUAAUAAGGAAAUCAUACCACUAAAUCUAAAAGGUUCAGGCUUAUCAACGAUCGACCUAGACUGCUUGCUUAAACACAACUUCGUUUCCGUGCAAGGACAACAAAUAAUUGCAAGCACAAGAUAUUCAUACAUUAGUCUUGGUAAAAUCUCAGAAUUAAGGCUACAAUCCCCUAUGAAGACAUCAGAUGCUUACAGCGGCAACAGUACACUGUCAACAUUACGCUACCCGCUCGACACCUAUACCCAUGCCACAUCGACAGUCGCGAGAUUUCGUCGUCGACAUAUAGUCGGACUGACUACCUGA